CCUCAGUUGUAGACUUUGAAUACAAAUUUAAAUUUUGGGCUACUGUGUGAAAAUGUGAAUUUCAUACCAAGCUGUACCAUUAAACUCUGGUGUGCUGGUUUUGCUCAUUCAUCUGACUCUCUCUUUUCUUGAAAAGGUCAAUAAUUAGAAAAAACAAUCCUUAUUGUCACUGUGUCUCGAUCUCCCUCUAUAUAUAUAUAUAUAUAGAUAUAUAUCGAAGAAAAUAUUGAAAAAUACACAUUACACCAAAGCUCGCUCAUGGCAAUGGAUCAGAAACCACCUAACUCAAAGAGCAAGCUCUUAAAGUUUCUACCAAAAGCAGCUUCAGUUGUGAGGUUUCAAAACCCUACUAAUUUCAGCAGCCCAAGAUCUGAUAAUACACACAAACUCAAAACCAAUUGCGGCAGAGGAUUCUCCGGUCCGAUCAUAUCGAUGAUUCCGAUGGAAGCUCGCCGGAAGUCGAAGAACUCGAGCUUCGAAGCUCAAGAGCCCACUUCGCCGAAGAUCUCAUGCAUGGGACAAAUCAAGCACAAGCACAAGCAGAGGCACAGCAACAACAACAACAACGUUAAGAAGACCAAGAAAAUUGUUUCGCUGCCCAAAGAUUUCAAGACCGUGUCUUCGCAACCUGAGGUGAAGAAAAAGUUGUCGUCGUCGUCCACGAUUAGGAAUAUAUUUGGUGGCGUGAAAUCAAGAAGGAAGUCUGACCAUUCUGCUGAUCAUCACAAGCCGCCGGCGGUUCCUGAUAGGGCACCGGGGUUGAGUCAGAUGAGGCGGUUCGCGAGCAGCCGUGAUACAUUCGCCAAUUUUGAUUGGACGGCGCCUCAGGUUGCACCGGUGGACUCGGAUCACCGGAAUUAUUAUUCCUCCGACGAAGAUAGAGGAGAGAGCGACGGAGAAGAAGAAGAAGUCGUUAUUCCUUUCUCUGCACCUAUAUUGGUAGGUGGAGGUGGACGGGUAGCUUUGGAGCCAAGGAAAGAAAUUAAUCUAUGGAAGAGAAGGACCAUGGCUAAACCUAGACCUCUUCAAGUGAAUACACCAUAGUAAUUUUUUUGGAUUUCUAUUUUUAUUUUAUUAUUUUAUACUUUUUCUUCAAUUGUGUGCUUUUUUUUUUGGGAUGGUUUUGAUUGUUUAAAGUUUAAACAAAUGAAGGUAUAUGCAGAAAAACUGUUAUUGUAAAUAAGAUUAUUAUUGGUUAUCUUGAAACAAUAUUACAUUCUUUUGUUCGUGUAUUAA